AUGGCGCCCUCUCCGACCGCGUCUGAGCGGAUAGAGGAAGCUCGGGCUUUUGCGAAGAAGGACGCCGCCAAAGCAGAGAACUUGUACAAAGAGGUUCUGGCUCAGGGUCCUGGAUCGACAGAGACAUCGUCGCGGGACUAUGAGGCUGCUUUGAUUGGGCUGGGGGAGCUGUAUCGGGAUGGGAGGAAACCACAAGAGAUCGCGGAGCUGAUCAAGACCAGCCGUGACACGUUUUCAUCGUUUGCCAAGGCGAAGACAGCUAAGCUGGUCCGUCAGUUGCUCGACUUGUUCAGUGAGAUCCCGAAUACCCUCGAUAUCCAAGUCUCCGUCAUCAAAGCAUGCGUCGACUGGGCCGUUGCAGAACGACGAUCUUUUCUCCGACAGAAUCUCGAAACACGGCUGGUGGCCAUUUACAUGCAAAAGCAGUCCUAUUACGAUGCCCUCACCUUAAUCAACUCGCUGCUCCGGGAGCUCAAGCGCUUGGAUGACAAGCUGAUGCUGGUGGAGGUGCAGCUGCUGGAAUCGCGGGUCUACCAUGCUCUUGGCAACCAGGCUAAAGCUCGUGCCGCGCUGACGGCUGCUCGUACCUCUGCAGCAUCCGUCUACACCCCGCCUAACCUCCAGGCAGGGCUGGACAUGCAGAGUGGCAUGUUGCACGCGGAGGAUAAGGAUUUCAACACCGCCUUCUCGUACUUCAUCGAAGCGCUUGAGGGAUACAGCUCUCUCGAUGAGAGUGAGAAGGCAACGGCAGCUCUCCAGUACAUGCUACUGUGCAAGAUCAUGCUGAACUUGGUGGACGACGUGACCCAUCUGCUGGGCUCGAAGCAGGCUCUGAAAUACGCCAGUCCGCGACUCGAGGCCAUGAAGGCUGUGGCACGGGCUCACUCCAACCGGUCUCUGGAGGAGUACGAGAAAGCUCUGUCGGAUUACCGCUAUGAACUCGGAAGUGACGUCUUCAUCCGCAACCAUCUCCGACGCUUGUACGAUGCUAUGCUGGAACAGAACCUGAUCAAGGUCAUCGAGCCCUUCAGCAGAGUUGAGCUGGACCACAUUGCCAAGAUGGUCGGGCUGGACACCCAGCAGGUGGAACGGAAGCUGUCCCAGAUGAUCUUGGACAAGGUGAUCAUUGGUGUCUUGGACCAAGGCGCUGGGUGUCUGAUUGUCUACGAUGAGACGGAGCGGGACCAGGCGUACGAUGCGGCACUCGAAACAAUCGAAAAGCUCAGCAAUGUGGUCGAAGGAUUGUACACUAACCAAGCAUCGCUCCUGGAGCCGAAUUAUGGCCGUGGCUACGUCCAGCCAACCCAGCGCUCUCCUGCCACACCUCGACGCGGGCCUCCAGGAGCAGUGCCACAGAUGCCUGUCCCAAUGGCGCAGCACCCUGCCGUGAAUGCUCAGUACAUGGCCGCUCAGCGCAACAUGCCGCACCCCAACGACGCCGCGCUACGUCGCAGUCGCAAACCGACGGACAGGAACAUGCCGGAAGGGCUCGAGGACCUGAUCAUAGGAGAUGGAGUUCAGCAAUACAAGAGCCUACGCGAUCUUGAAAAGCGACUGGAUGCCGCCAUCGUCCGGAAGAGACUAGACAUCCAAGAUUCGAUGAGCAAAUCUGUGAAGAAGUUCCGCACGCUUCGUGUCUGGGUCACCAAUACUGUUGAGAGUCAGCCGUGGCAGAAUGCGGGGGAACAGAACGGAAACUUCCCCGGUUCGAACCCAGGCUCUGGCCGAUUUAAAGUGAAAAUCGAGGGCCGAUUACUCGACGAUGCCAGCGAUCCGACCACUCCUGACGAUAGCGACGAUGAGGGAGAAGCAACGGGGCAGGAAGGAUCGAAUGGGGGAGACGCUGCCAAGGCAGCAUCAAAGCCGGCGAACCAACGUCUUUCGCACUUCUUCAAAACCAUCACGGUGGACUUCGACCGACCUUCAUCGACGAAACCUGAGGAGGUCAAACCGAUCACCUGGACCAAGCCGCAGCUGCCGCCCAACGCGCCAUCGUUGCCCCCCACGGCCGACUUUGACUGUCUCCAGUUUUCCAGAGCUUCCCAGGAGAACUUAAACAUCACCAUCAGCCUGGUCCGGGAUGAGGCGCCUGAGCGAUACAAGCUCAGCAAGGAGCUUGCAGACAUUCUUGAUACAGAAGAAGAGACCCGCAGCGGUAUCGUGCUGGGCAUCUGGGACUACAUUCGUGCUAUGGACCUCCAGGAGGAUGAGGAGAAGCGGCAAGUGCGCUGUGAUUACCGAUUGCAAAAGAUAUUCGGUAGAGAACAGAUGUUCUUCCCCCAUAUUCCAGAAAGCGUCGGCCCUCACACCAGCCCACUGGACCCCAUCAAGCUUCCGUACACCAUCCGCGUUGAUGAAGACUUCCACAAGGACCCGACGCCCACCAUCUACGAUAUUCAAGUCGCAGUAGAAGACCCUCUGCGCGCCAAGAUGGCGGCCUUGACCCAAGACCCGCAAUACGCGACCUCUCUGCGCCAGAUCACUGCCCUUGACGACCAACUGGCUCUAAUUGUUCAGGCCCUGACGCACUCGCGCGCAAGACACUCCUUCUACACUGCUUUGAGCAAGGAUCCUGUCACGUUCCUGCGUCGUUGGCUGAACUCUCAGCGGCGGGAUCUCGAAACCAUUCUCGGUGAGGCGACCCGUGGCGGCGGUGAAGAUGGCAGUGGGCCGGAAUUCAGACGCGGUGGCUCUGAGGGUGUCUGGGAUACCCCGGUGGCGAGAGAAGCUGUACGAUAUAUGCUGGCGAAGCCGGAGGCCGCUGCUGCAAGGUAG